GCAAACCCCUCUGAGAGAAAUGUCUCUACCCUCAAGCAGGAGUGUUAGCCCUUACCUUAAAGGGGCGAGGGUCCAAUGAGAUGCCCUACAUCUUAGUGGGUGACGGCUAACAGGAUGGCGCUGGGGUUCUGUGACUCUAUAAUGGGGACCCGCUGACGCAUCAGGGGACACAGAGCAUCGAACAGGAGAAAUCAACCCGACUGCUUCCCUUCUCCGAGGCCCACUCCUGCUGAAAGCGCCACGUCCACCCCCGGGCCUUCUGUGCUGCCUCGGCCUCCAUCCGCCCACCUUGCACCCCGGCUGCGCGCUAGGACAAUUCCAGCCCCGCGCGCCCAGUCCUGGCCGGGCUUCUGUGCGCUCUGGCCCGCAGGCCGUGCCGCUGAGCCCCCAGGCCGGGCUCGGCGGGGCUGGGAUCCAGUGGGGGAGGCGCUUUCUCCAGCUCAGCUGGGUCUCCCUGCCCCGGAGAGACCACAGAACGUUCAAAGAGCGCUCCUCCGGCCUGGAGCGUGGGGACUGGUCCCUCCCGUCCCCUCCCCCGCGGGACAAAGACCCGGCCUUCCCCAUCCUUCCUGCCAUCGGCCGGCUCAUUUGGUGGCACAGGAGCCGCGGGGGCUGCGGAGAGACGCCCCCCACCCCGCGCCCCGGCGCGCCUCCCGCUCCUGCAGACCCGGUGACAGACAUCCGGGGCCAAGAUGACGGAGCGCUUUGACUGCCACCACUGCGAGGACUCGCUUUUUGGCAGGAAGUAUGUACUUCGGGAGGAGCAGCCCUACUGUGUGGCCUGCUUUGAGGCCCUGUUCGCCAGCACCUGUGAGGAGUGCGGGAAGUUGAUCGGCUGUGACUGCAAGGACUUGUCUUACAAGGACCGGCAUUGGCACGAGGCCUGUUUCCAUUGCUCUCGGUGCCGGGGCUCCCUGGUGGACAAGCCGUUCGCUGCCAAGGAGGACCAGCUGCUCUGCGCUGAGUGCUACUCUCAGGAGUACUCGUCGAGAUGCCAGGAGUGCAAGAAGAGCAUCAUGCCAGGCACCCGCAAGAUGGAGUACAAGGGCAGCAGCUGGCACGAGACCUGCUUCAUCUGCCACCGCUGCCAGCAGCCCAUCGGAACCAAGAGCUUCAUCCCAAAGGACAGCGAGAACUUCUGCGUGCCCUGCUAUGAGAGGCAGUACGCCCUGCAGUGCGUGCAGUGCAAGAAGCCCAUCACCACCGGGGGCGUCACGUACCGGGAGCAGCCCUGGCAUCGCGAGUGCUUCGUGUGCACCGCCUGCAAGAAGCCCCUGUCAGGCCAGCGCUUCACGUCCCGCGACGAGUUCGCCUACUGCCUGGGCUGCUUCUGCGACCUGUACGCCAAGAAGUGCGCCGGCUGCGCCAACCCCAUCAGCGGCCUGGGCGGUACCAAGUACAUCUCCUUCGAGGAACGGCAGUGGCACAACGACUGCUUCAACUGCAAGAAGUGCUCGCUGUCGCUGGUGGGCCGAGGCUUCCUCACGGAGAGGGACGACAUCCUGUGCCCCGACUGCGGGAAGGACAUCUGAGCGACCCCGCCUCCGACUCCCCCACCCACCCAGGUCCCUGCUGGCGCUGCACGCAGACGCUCUUUGCUUCCUCCGCCUCCACCGGGCAAUGCUGCAACCCGGUGCCCUGGCCACUGCGGGACUUUCCCUCUGCGCUUCUCAGCGAUACUCACCUGUUUAAGUCCUUUAAUCCACACUCUGUGCUUGGGAAGGAGAAAACUCAUGGGAACCUUAGGCGGGAAAGGGCUUUGACUUUUCUGUAAUCAAGCGAGACCAAUCCGAGUGUAAAAAUCCUUUUGAGUGAUAUCUUUAUAAACGUUUCUUUCACGCGUAUUUAAGUGCAA